CAAAAAAAAAAAAAAAAAAAGAGAUAACAUGUUGCCUAUGUGUUCACCAUUCUUAAAAACAAAGACGGUACAGAAAGGAAAGUAGCGAAGUGAUAGAGUUGUCUUUUGUGUGUAGUCUUGUGUAAUAAGGAAUACAUGCGAGUCUGGUCUUCAUGGGGUUUUGUAGUGAGUGUCAGUAGAUGUCAGUGUAGUGAUGUUCCGAAUGGUGUUUUUUGUAUUUGCAGCCCACGAUUCUCUGCAAGUGGUAUGGGAACUGCGCUUUUGAAGUUCUACAUUGAUAAAACCCCCGUGCAUCAUCACUUACCCACUCAAAUGAUUCCCCCUCAAUGUUUGGAAAUUGCCUUGUAAUCGAUCGCGCUCGUCAGCCACUAGCCAACUUGAUCUGCCGCGGACUGUCGGAGCAAACGAGUACGCACUCAAGGCCACCGCACACUGCCUAGUCGAUCAAAUGGACAGCCAAGCAUCAACCUGCCAUGUGGUGGCGAUGCCGUAUCCCGGACGAGGCCACAUCAACCCCAUGAUGAACCUGUGCAAGAUCCUUGCCUCCCAAGCCCCGCGCAUCGCUAUCACCUUCGUCCUCACUGAGGAGUGGCUCGGGCUUGUGGGCUCCGACCUGAAACCGAGCAACAUAUCCUUCGCCACCAUCCCGAACGUGCUCCCAUCUGAGCAGGUCCGGGCUCAGCACUUCCCAGAGUUUCUCGAGGCCGUCUUCACCAAGAUGGAAGCCUCGGUCGAUGAGGUGCUCCUCCGGCUACACCCUCCACCAACCCUCAUUAUGGCCGACGCGUUCCUGUCCUGGGCAGUCGGCAUUGGGAACCGGAGGAACAUUCCAGUGGCCUUGUUUUGGUCUAUUGCUGCGUCAAACUUCUCCUUCUUCUAUCACUUACAACUUCUUGAGCAGAAUGGCCAUUUACCAGAGAAUUUGUCAGAAAAAGGGGAUGAAAUGGUGGAUUAUAUUCCUGGGAUUCCUCCAACACGUUUGACGGACUUGGUUGGUGGAAGGAGCGAACAGAUGAUGCAGAGACUGCGCUCAAUGGUCGACUGGGUCCAUCGAACACAGUACCUGUUGCUUUCUUCUGUGUACGAGAUCGAAUCUCAGACUGUCGACGCUCUGAAACCGAGCCUGUCGUUUCCUAUCUACACCGUCGGUCCAUCCAUCCCAUACUCUAAGCUCAAAGACAAUCCACGCUCGAACAGCGACUUGGAUUACAUAACAAAGUGGCUAGACCGCCAGCCUGGUAGCUCUGUUUUGUACGUGUCCCUAGGCAGCUUCCUUUCGAUCUCCAGCUCCAAAAUGGACGAGAUCGCAGCGGGGUUGCGCGACAGUAAUGCCCAAUUCUUGUGGGUGGCGCGCGACGAGGCGUCUAGGCUGAAGGAGCUGUUGCCCGAAGGUGACUUGGGGAUUGUGGUGCCGUGGUGCGACCAAUUGAGGGCACUGACGCAUCCCUCAGUUGGGGGGUUUUGGACCCACUGCGGAUGGAACUCAAUCCAGGAGGGCGUCUACGCGGGGCUUCCGUUUCUGGCGUACCCGAUAGCCAUGGACCAAGGUCACAAUUGCAAGAUCAUCGUGGACGAUUGGAAGGUCGGGUGGAGGGUCGGCAAAGGCGACAUCGCUGGGCUAGUGCACAAGUUCAUGAAUUUGGGCGAUAGUGAGAGCAUAGAAUUGAGGAGGAGGGCCAAACACCUUCGGGAGUUAUGCCGCCAUGCGAUAGGGUUGGACGGAUCGUCUAGGACUAAUAUCUGCACCUUCAUUAGAGACAUUUCGAGUGGCAUGGGGAAACAUUCAAGACAUUAAUUAGUAGUACUUCAGCCUCUUGUUGAGCAAAGCUAGAAGUAUUGUUUGUUGCGAGGGUUAAAGCUUCCCAUAAAAGUAAUAGUUUGGCCAAAGGAAAUGAUAUGGAGGCAGGAGAACCUCAUCGGUUUCAAUGUUUUCGAGGUUUGAUGUACCAAGAAAUGAUCCAAGGGAACAUGAUAAGUCUUGAUCUACUUAAGGCUUAGCGUUUCUUAAAACUGUAUAUUUGUAUUUAAGAUUCUUGUAUUUGAUAGGGUUUCAUGGA